GAUCCAAAUCCGCCAGGAUAUUCGCUUCUGGGAGGCCGAGGCCCACCCGCACGAGGACCAUGACCACUACCAUGGCUUCGUGCGACAGCAGGUUCGGGAGAAGAUGGAUCAGGCGUCCGAGGAGUUGGACCAUGCCUUGGAGAUGCAGAAGGUCUACCGACACAUGGUCCAACGCCUUUUGCGGGAACAGAAGAUCCUGCAGCAGAAGGUGAUGAUCAUGGAACACCAUUUGAAUCGCAAGACUCGAGAGGUGGAGACCAAGCAGAACUUCAGCCGUCGCGUGAAUGAGGAGAAGGUGGGGCAGAUGGUGAAGUUGGAAGUCCUGGAGCAGGACAUGCACCUGGAACGGAUGAUCUGCACCACGGCCCUCAGCGACCUGUCGGCCGCCAUCGAGCAGCGGCGCCAGGAUGUGAAUCAGGGGGAGGACUUUGAGAAUUGGCGCUAUGAUGUCGCCCUGGAGGCGACCGGUGGAGAGGCGGCCACGGAGGCCUUCGAGGCGAUGGCGGGGCGCUAUAGGAAAAUUUAUGCGAUCGAAAAGCUCACAGGCAACUGUCUUCAGCGGCUGACCUUCGACCAGGCUGAACAGAGUCAGGCCACGGAGGAUGGCUUUCAGCGGAUCCGCGAGGUCACGGGGCUGACGGAUGUGAUGGACAUCGUCCACAAGUUCUUGAACCGCGAUGUGGAGCAUGAACAGCUCCGCUGCACGGUGCGCGAGUCGGAGGACCAUCUGCGGCAGCUCCGAGAGGAGGAGGCCGGACGUCCUCGAGAGAAUGUACUGGUCGAUGCAAAGCCGGAGACCAGAGGUUUAGGCGCCGAGGUGGUGGAGUGCGAGCAGCUCUUGGACGACGUCCGACGCGACCACGACGAGAUCCAGGAGCACUUGAAGAAGAGCACGCUCUUGGUGGAUAGCCUCACCCGCUGGGCGCAGAAGCUUCGGAAGUCUCUGGCCCCCAUUCGAGAGUUGCCGGCGGCGCACCAGUCGUCUGAUUUGCCGGGCUUCUUUGGGGAACUCGUCCAAGUGGUGCAUGAAUUCCUGCAGAGUGCGCAUGCCGAGAUGCCGGAUUCCAGGCUGGUGAAGAUGACCAACGAGGCGCAGGGCCGCGUCUUUGCGGCGCAGCAGAAGCUGCUGGGCGACAAGGAGUUCUUGCGCAGCAACUGCCGGGUGACUAUGGCGGUCGAGAACAUGGCGGUGAAAGACGAGAAGAUGAGGAAGAUGAGCACUGCACCGGGUGAGGACGAGCGGAUCGUCAUGGAAUUCGCCAACGAGCGGGACCGCCUCAAGAAAGAGGCCAGCGACAAGGCGGCGGAGCUCGACGCCAAGACGCCGAAGGCGAAGGUCCCGGCGGUCCGGCGGCGUUGAGCCGGUUCUCGAGUCGGUGGAAGAUCCGAAGCGACCCGGUCGAGGUCGUAGCGAGCGACGUGUCGUGGCUUCGGCCCGGAGCGACGUUCGUGCUACGCCGCGUCCGAAGAAGAACGCUCCUAGUAGUAAUGGUUUUUGCAUGUUUUUGCUACGUUCGUAGCUUCUUAGUUACUGG